UAUACCCUAGGGUAAAAGAAUUCUAUAAAAACAUCAUUCCAUGUCCUGCAAACAUUGGCGUAGAUGUGUUUUUACAUGUAUUUAUUUAUGUAAGCAGCCAUAUCUAUACCUUUAAUUAGUUUUAUGAGAACACUCCCGUUUCUAAAUUUAGAACGAAAUUAGUUACAUACUCUGGCGAUACGAUAGCGACCCGUCUGAUUUUGCAAUAUAAAUUUAGAUAAAUAAUAAGUACGCCACUGUGUUUCAUAGUGUUAUGCCCCGAUUGCCCGGUUGAAGCAUGGCGACGUGAGCGUAAAUUUGUUAGGUUUUACAGUGUUUUUGUUAGUAUUUUUCCCAAACAAUCAUCUAGUCCUUUCGUACGAGCUUUUCAGAAAAAUCGUCAAGAUGGGGUGGAUGAAAUUCUUUCCUUGUUUUGCGGGAUGAUGUAAUGUGUAAAUAAACAUUGUGCCCGGGCUUUUAUAGACCAAAUUAUGGCGUCUAACGAUGAAGGAAGUAGCAAUGAGGAAAACAAGGAGUUCUUUAAAGAAAAUACGGUGUCGCCUGUGGAGAAAUGUCCGAAAUGUUAUUUGAGGCAUUCAGAAUGUACCUGCAAAUUACCUAGAAGUCCUUUUCACGUCGAAUUGGAUAUGUCGAAUGGCGCAAGUAGAGACGCACUUGUUGAAGAUUUCGUGCCCCUGAGCAAUGGACAGGACGACCUGGAGGAGUAUGACAAAGAAAUUGUUAUCAACAAUCCUGACAAUCAACACAGCAAUUCAUUUUUGUUCGGCAUACCAAAAACACCAUCCAUAACCGCUGAUUCGAAUUCCAAUGACUUCAUUUUGGGGUCAGGCAUGGAAGCAAGUGACAAUGUUCAAGACACGGGCGAAUCCGGACAGUUUGCUAAGGCUGUGAAUUUUGAGAAAGAUAAACUUUGUUUAGACUCAAAUCUUGGCGAAGAGACUGAGGCGGUAAAAAAGUGUAGUGCGGUGAAAAGUGAAAUUGAUGAAAACAGUCAGGAAAAUAAUGAAGAUUUUAUAAGUGAAGAAGCCCCCCCUACACCUGACAUAAGACCUGUGAAGGAACAAAGUGAUCAUUCCAAUGGCAGUGCCAAGGCUGGAGUAAGUCUUGAAAUGACGAAUGAGUGUGCUGUUCAAGAAUUAAACAAUUCUAAACAAGAGUCAAAAGUUGCCUGUGAUAAAAAAUGCACUAGUGAUUCUGAUAAUCAAGAAUCAGUAGCUGAUAGUGGCCUUCAAUCAACUAAUAACAAUAAUAUUAAAAUAGAACCUGAACGCGCAGAAACAGAGGAUGAACCACCUCCCCGUAAAAAACCGAAACAUUGCUCCCACUUUGUUUACCACAUUGACAAGUCCUUAUUAAAAGAUAAAAAAGGAGUGGAACUACUCAAUGCUAUUGAAGAUCAGUCCAACAAACAUCUGGAAACUCACAAGUCUAGUUCCGGUUCUUCUGCAGUGUCUGAAGUGACCCUGUCACCCAGGAAAGGGAGAACACGCUCAGUUGAUGUCGCCUCUGCUUGUAGUAAGGGCACCAAACGUUCCCAUUCGGCAGAUGUCAAACAUUCAGACAUUAAACUCAGAAAAAUUGACUUUUCAGAAUAUAAGCUACGUUUAAAGAAAGAGAAAUCGUCAAAAUCAAAAGAUGAUCAUCACAAACGGCGCAGUAGUGGUAGUUAUAAAAAGCAUGAUUCAAAAAGUAGUAAAAGUAGUGGCAGCAGUGGCUCUAGGAAACCGCACACCAACAGCUCAUCUUCCCGGUACAGAGAAGUCAAACCUAGACUUUUGACUAAUGGAAACUAUAGUUAUCCACCCGAAGAUGUAUCGCUUCGAUAUCGCCGAUAUUUCCAUAUUGAAACUCACACCAACGGCGGUGCGAAAAUUUUAAGAAUGUACCACCACGAAAUCAAACACUUGACCUCGAGCGAAACCAAAGAGUUAACGUACGAAUUCUUUAAACUUGCCUUUGAAGAAGAUAAAAAUGGCCACGCGAAAUUCGUGACGGCCGUUGUGCACGGCGCGGCCACUUAUUUGCCCGACAUUCUCGAAUAUAUGGCCGAAAAUUACCCCAAUUUAACGGUGAAGAACGGUCUUUUGAGCAAAAGUUCUGAUAUUGAGACGACAACGCUGAAGGCGUACAAUAUCAACGUGGAGCAACAUUAUGAAGCGGGUACCGUGAGGUACGGACCCCUUCAUCAAAUCAGCAUCGUCGGUACCGCCCACGAGGAAGUCGGCGGAUACUUUCCCGACCUUUUGGAUUUGCUCGAAGAGAAUCAGUUCUUGAAAUUGACGAUGCCCUGGGGACCGUUAUCCAUAUUGGAUUAUAUAAAGCCGACUGAAAGUAAUGACGGACCCAUCAUAUGGUGUAGACCCGGUGAGCAGCUAGUCCCGACUGUUGACAAUAAAACGCCCAACAAGAGAAAAAGGACUGGAAUUAACGAGCUUCGAAACUUACAAUAUUUACCGCGGAUGUCAGAAGCUAGGGAACAUCUUUUCGAAGACCGAACCAAGGCGCACGCGGAUCACGUGGGGGCCGGUUUGGACCGGAAAACUACCGCUGCCGUGGGUAUACUUAAAGCUAUCCACGGCGGCAAAAACGAAGGACCAAUUAACAGGAUAACGAAGGACGUUGUCGCGUUUUCCGCAAAAUAUUUCGAUAUUCUUGCUGAAAAAUUGCAGCUCGAUUUACACGAACCGCCGAUAUCUCAGUGUGUCACUUGGAUAGAAGACGCGAAACUGAAUCAGUUGCGAAGAGAAGGGAUAGAAUAUGCGCGUAUUAAUUUGUACGAUAACGACAUUUAUUUUUUACCCAGAAACAUAAUUCAUCAAUUCAGAACAGUUACCGCGGUAACCAGUAUCGCGUGGCACGUAAGAUUAAAACAAUAUUACACCAACGACGAAAGUGAUACGAAAGAGAAUAUAGGAGUGAAGGGCGCGCAUAGCCACAAAAACAAACUGACAAAUAAUAAUCAUUCCGACGAGAAAAGUCUGGAGGUGGAAAGGAUCAAACACAAAAUCGAUUUCGAGAAAGUGAGAGUGAAACUUCACGAAAAAUCGGAUCAUAAAAAUAAAUCGACGAAUAACAAUCAUCCCGAGGAGAAACACUCGGACCCCGAAACAAUUAAGGACAAAAUCGAUUUUGACAAAAUGAAAGCAAAAUUGAAAGAAAAGUUAACGGAUAAAGAAGAAAAACCAAAGGACAAGGAUAGGUACAAGGACAGGGAUAGAAAUAAGAAAGACAGGAAAGACAAAAAUCGAGACAAACACAAAGAUAGAGAAAAGCACCGUUCGAAAGACGAUAACAAAUAUCACAGUAGGGAACGUGAUGGAAAAUCGAGACACCACGAUUCUCACAAAAGCAGUUCCUCGGAUAAACCAAAACAUUCGGGUGAUAAGAAGCAUAGUGAUGGGAAGGCGCAACCCACACACAGUUUGACGGAGAAAAAGGAAGAAAGGAAAGAGGACAAGGUGUCCUCCUGCAGUGAUGUGUCAACGACCACGACCGUUACUCCCCUUACUCGAUGGGGAAGUACGUCUUUAGACAGCUCGCCGAUAAAAAGUAGCCAAAGCUCAAACUCGUUGAGCUCGCCUACCAAAUCGGUGCAUUCUUCGAGCACCAAUUCAUCGCCUGUUAAGAAACAGAGACCGCCUAAGAUAAAACCGAUCCAGCCGUCGAAAUCUUCGGACAUUUUGGGUGAUAUAUUAAAGGACAUGAGCAAAUGUGAUCCUCAAAUAUAAUAUUAAUUAACAGAUCGCUAAAAGAAUCUGUAUUGUUUGGAUGUCGAUUCAAGCAAUUUGGACUUUUUAGCCGAUCUGUUCGCCACUUCACAAGCUUCUAUUUUUCUUAUAUAUACAGGGUGAUCCUAAACGCCGCGCACAUCGUAUUUAUGCCUGCCUGAAAAGCCUUAACAAUAAGAUAAUUUAUGUUGAACACUGGCGGAUAGGAAAAGGCCCUUUUACCCACAUAACUAAUUAAUUAAUAAGUUAUAUAUUUUAUUUUUUCCUGAGAUAAAUUAUGUUACCUAUAAUAAAUAUAAUUUUAAUGAAGAGAAAAUUUGCUUUGAAACAGUAUUAAGCUCUUAUAGUGAUUUUUUUUUACAUUAAAUUCUUAGAUUUUGACAUCCUGCACUUAUAUGCACCCUGCAUAUAUAAUUAUAUAUAUUAAAGAUAUAUAAUGUAUAAAAAUAGUAAAUACAGAAUCUCUGUACAUAGUCUGGAAUGUAACAAUUGGAGUUUCUUUUAAUAUUGAGUGCUUGUUUAUUCAUUUUAAAGAUUUGUCCUGCUGGUGCUAUUUGUUAAAAUUCGUGCAAUUUACAAAAGGUGAACCAUAAAUUAAAUUUCCAGCUAAAACCGGUUGCCUUGUCGGUAAUUCGUCAAUUAUAUAAUUAUUUUUGCAAGUAUGUGAAGGGGAUCCUUUAUCAGUUUAAGAGCCGGGCUUUAGAGGUAAAAUGAAAAAUAUUCGAUUAAAUCGAAUGAAAAUGAAUUUUUUAUAUAGUACAAAAUGUAGACAUAAGGUGAAUCUUUACCGUCGUUAUUUUCUUUAAUGGGUCGUCACUUUUAAAUAAUACCAGACGCUGCCGGGACCAAAUGCAGAAUGCCGAAAAUGUUAUUGAGUUUUUCUCGACUGAAAAAUUGAAAAAUAUACAUGUUUUUAUACAAAUAGCAUCUGCACCCCGUAGUGGCCGAAACUAAACACAAUAAUCAUAACUUUGGCAAAUUGUCCUAAUAAUUUAGAUCUCAUAAAAAGACGUCGAGGCUUAUUUAUUUUUUAAACCUACUGUAUAUAUAUGUACAGUCAAAGAUUGUACAGUUUUUUUAAAUACCUAGUUGAAACAGUAAGUGCUGUUGUUUGGAUAUUGAAAAAAGUGUAAGAUAUAGCGUUAUGGCAGAUUAAGUAUCACGGUUUCUAAUUUUUAACUUAAGUUAUUAAAAUUUAAUCGUUUUCGUGAGCUGUGUGUUCAGUUUUGUAUUAUUUAUUUAUAUGAAAAUGGCACGUUUUUAAUUUUGUGUGUAUAAAAAUUGACUACUUCAAAACACGAAAUAGUUGUAUUUUCAUAUCGUAUUAGAAAUAUUUAUAUAUUAUUCUUUGUAAAUAUAGUU